AUGGAAACAAACGAAUUACCAAGUAUUUUGGAACUUAAUAAAGAAUAUUUUAAUAACGAGUCAUCGAAAUAUGAUUCACAUCCUACUCAUUAUCUUUGCGCAAAGAAAUGUGCAGAAGCAAUUUUGAAAGAGGUUGAAGACUUUGAAGACCUUGAAGGGAGUGAAGUUUUGGAUUUUGCUUAUUUAUGUGCACAUGUAAAAUCUAUCCUUGGAGUAGAUUUAUCACAAAAUAUGGUAGAUGAAUAUAAUAAAAAGGUUUGGCAACAAGGAAUCGACCAAGAAGAAAUGCAUGCAAUUUGUUUAGAGUUAAAAGAAUCUGAGGGUAACCAAUUGAAUGGACGAAAAUUCGAUCUUGUUGUGUGUGCAUCAGCAUAUCAUCAUAUUGAGGAUAUUAAUUCAAUGACAAGAGUGUUAGCCAAUUACCUUAAACAAGAUGGAACAUUAAUUGUUUUAGAUUUGAAAAAACAACCUAAUCUUUCACAUAGACUUCAUAUGGAUACUAAUAAUUCCGUAUCUCAUAAGGGUGGAUUUGAUCCUAAAGAAUUAGAAAACAUAUUCUUGGAAACUGGUAUGCUUAAGGAUGUUGGCUCAAAGAUUGCAUUUACUUUUUCAAAAAGCAACGAAAAAGAUAAAGAACAUACUUUUUCAAAAUGCAACGAAAAAGAUAAAAAUGAACAUACUUUUUCAAAAUGCAAUGAAAAAGAUAAAAACGAACAUACUUUUUCAAAAUGCAAUGAAAAAGAUAAAAAUGAACAUACUUUUUCAAAAUGCAACGAAAAAGAUAAAAAAGAACUUACAUUUGAAUAUUUUUUGGUGAAAGGAAAGAAAAUUUAA